GCCAAGUUGACUGGUGCGGGCAUGCCAGCGCUGUAUCUGGCAUCGACGCGCGACUUUGACGACACACUUGGCCUGCUCGUCAUUGGGAACGCGUUCGGCGAGCUCGCGUUGCACAGUUACGGUGCCGUUCCUCCACAGACGCUAGCCGGUUACUUUCGAUGGAUCGAGUUUAUUUCCGAAAAGGAAGACACGGAGCUUUCUAAGGUACCCCCAACUCCGUGUUUGAAAGAUGGCGUCGCCGUUCCCAUACAGCGGUCCGUGGUACCCGCCGGUGGAUACGCUCAAGGAGCUCUGCCAAGCCUGGCGUGCGGGCUGUCCCCGAGUUUCUCCAGGAUGGAACCUCGACUGGCCAGCGGACUCCGCUCCCAAUCCCGAUGAUGAGUUUCACGGUCUCUCGGUGUUUCAUCCGCUCAACUUCAUCCUUACCUUCUCAUACGAGAUUGAGCACACUCUCAACUGCAUCGGCACGCCGAUCCCCAUAAUUUAUCAAGACGAAGGCAUCGAUGUCCGCAC